UAAGAUAGGCGACAAAGAAGUGGAGUAUCAUCCGCACUUCCGUCUGAUUCUGCACACCAAGUACUUCAACCCCCACUACAAGCCCGAGAUGCAGGCUCAGUGCACUUUGAUCAACUUCCUGGUGACCAGAGACGGGCUGGAGGACCAGCUGCUGGCGGCCGUGGUGGCCAAGGAGCGGCCGGACCUGGAGAGCCUGAAGGCAAAUCUCACAAAAAGCCAGAAUGAGUUUAAGAUCAAUCUGAAGGAGCUGGAGGAUUCUCUGCUUGCCCGGCUGUCUGCUGCAUCAGGGGAUUUCCUGGGAGACACAGCGUUGGUGGAGAACCUGGAAAUAACAAAGCGCACAGCCAUGGAAAUUGAGGAAAAAGUGAAAGAAGCUAAAAUCACUGAAGUUCAAAUAAAUGUUGCAAGAGAAAAUUACAGACCAGCAGCAGAAAGAGCAUCGCUGCUGUACUUCAUCCUGAGUGACCUCAACAAAAUCAACCCCAUCUACCAGUUCUCACUAAAGGCCUUCAACGUGGUCUUCGAGAAAGCGAUCCAGCGCACGAUUCCGGCCGACGACGUCAAGCAGAGGGUGAUCAACCUGACGGACGAGAUCACCUACUCGGUCUUCAUGUACACGGCACGGGGGCUCUUCGAGAGGGACAAACUCAUCUUCCUGGCCCAGGUCGCCUUCCAGGUCCUGACCGUGAAGAAGGAGGUGAACCCGGUGGAGCUGGACUUUCUCCUGCGCUUCCCGUUCAAGGCCGGCGUCACGUCCCCCGUGGAUUUCCUGCAGUCCCAGAGCUGGGGCGGCAUCAAGGUCCUCUCAGAAAUGGACGAGUUCAAGAACUUGGAUAGUGACAUCGAAGGUUCGGCAAAGCGAUGGAAAAAAUUUGUGGAGUCCGAGACGCCUGAGAAGGAAGUGUUUCCAAAGGAGUGGAAGAACAAAACGGCCCUGCAGAAGCUGUGCAUGCUGCGGUGCAUGAGGCCGGACAGAAUGACCUACGCCGUCAGAAACUUUGUGGAAGAAAAGAUGGGAAGUAAGUUUGUGGAAGGGAGAAGCGUUGAAUUUUCUAAGUCAUACGAAGAGAGCAGUCCAUCCACUGCAAUAUUCUUCAUUCUCUCUCCUGGAGUUGACCCGCUGAAAGAUGUGGAAGCCCUGGGAAGAAAGCUGAACUUCACCAUCGACAAUGGGAAAAUCCAUAAUGUGUCGCUGGGGCAAGGCCAAGAGAUUGUCGCAGAAAACGCCCUGGAUAUGGCCUCUGUGCAAGGGCACUGGGUCAUUCUGCAGAAUAUCCACCUGGUUGCAAGGUGGCUGAGCACACUGGAUAAAAAGGUCGAGCGAUACAGCACUGGCAGCCACGCAGAUUACAGGGUCUUUAUGAGUGCUGAGCCAGCCCCCAGCCCAGAAGCACACAUCAUUCCUCAAGGACUGCUAGAAAAUGCCAUUAAAAUCACCAACGAGCCACCAACUGGCAUGUACGCCAACCUGCACAAAGCGCUGGACCUCUUUACACAGGACACUUUGGAGAUGUGCAGCAGAGAAAUCGAGUUCAAAUGCAUCUUGUUUGCACUCUGUUACUUCCAUGCGGUGGUGGCUGAAAGGCGCAAAUUUGGAGCACAGGGAUGGAAUAGAUCUUAUCCCUUCAAUAAUGGUGACCUGACCAUAUCAAUUAACGUACUGUAUAAUUACCUGGAGGCUAACCCAAAGGUACCAUGGGAUGAUCUCCGGUACCUCUUUGGUGAAAUUAUGUAUGGUGGACAUAUCACAGAUGACUGGGAUCGCCGGUUAUGUCGGACUUACCUGACUGAAUACAUCCGUGUAGAGAUGCUGGAAGGUGAAACGUACUUAGCGCCAGGGUUUUUGAUCCCUCCCAACUUGGAUUACAAGGGUUACCAUGAAUACAUUGAUGAGAACUUGCCACCAGAGAGCCCGUACCUGUAUGGCCUUCACCCCAACGCAGAAAUUGGCUUCCUGACUGUCACUUCAGACAAGCUUUUUCGGACAGUUUUAGAAAUGCAGCCCAAAGAAUCAGAUACUGGAGGAGGCUCAGGCGUCUCCCGAGAGGAAAAGGUGAAGUCAGUCCUCGAUGAGAUCAUCGAGAAGCUACCAGAGCCAUUUAAUAUAGCAGAGAUCAUGGCAAAAGCAGUGGACAAGACGCCAUAUGUUGUGGUUGCCUUCCAGGAAUGUGAAAGAAUGAACAUAUUAACCCAUGAAAUCAGGCGCUCUUUGAAAGAAUUAAAUUUGGGACUAAAGGGAGAGCUAACAAUUACAUCGGAUAUGGAAGAGCUGGCGAAUGCUCUCUUCUAUGACAACGUACCUGAAUCCUGGACACAUUUUGCCUAUCCAUCUCUUCUUGGCUUAGGAGCCUGGUAUGCAGACUUGCUGCUUCGGAUUAGGGAACUCGAAGUCUGGACAACGGACUUUGUGCUACCUGCAACGGUGUGGCUAGCAGGAUUCUUUAAUCCUCAGUCUUUUCUCACUGCUAUCAUGCAGUCUAUGGCUAGAAAAAAUGAAUGGCCACUGGACAAGAUGUGUCUUUCAGUGGAAGUGACCAAGAAAAACCGUGAGGAUAUGACAGCUCCACCCAGAGAAGGCUCAUAUGUACAUGGAUUAUUCAUGGAAGGCGCUCGAUGGGAUAUCCAUUCUGGUGUUAUCGCAGAUGCUCGGUUGAAGGAGUUGACGCCUAUGAUGCCAGUCAUCUUCAUCAGAGCCAUCCCUGUGGACCGCAUGGACACCAAGAACAUCUAUGAAUGUCCUGUCUAUAAGACACGGAUGCGAGGUCCCACUUAUGUCUGGACCUUUAACCUGAAGACAAAAGAAAAGGCAGCUAAGUGGAUUCUUGCUGCUGUUGCUCUACUCUUACAGAUUUAGACUUUAAUGACUAUGGAAAACCAGAUGCUUUUACUUGCCAAAAAAAAUUAAGUUAUGUUACUUAGACCAAGUUUGUUUGUCCCAGAACUAUUUAAGCAAAGUAUCAAUAAAAACAGUGUUGGAACUGCUGAUCAGUUGGGGAGUAUUCCUACAGUACAUGGAGUUUCUCAUGACGGAUACUGUUUUUCAAUUGGUGGUUUAUGAUAAAGUGCUGGUUAAGAGCCAGACCGCUAAAGGAAGCCAAAUGGAACAUUUGCAUGCAACCAUCUGGAUUCCUUUCCUUCUGAUAGAUCUGUAACUCUUCGCAGCUAUUUGCUUGAUCACUCAGUGCUAAUUGUGAGCAGAAAUUCAUCAAGGCAUGUGCACUAAGUAUUCCUGCAUGGGUACGUUUAUCCAUUCAGACCAGACAGAAGGAAGAACGGGACAGAUUUGGUCCAGCUUACCCACAGGUCAACCUGCACAACCCAGAGAAGCCCUGGGUAACCGGCACCUCUAUUUGCGAGAAAUGGAUGCAAGGUCAGUUUUAUGAACCUUGUAGCCCUCACCUUUCUCCCUCAGAGAGGAAGCUUUUUCCUCAUCAGUUUCCAGAUGAAAGUCAGCUGUGAACAGAUAAAUCUCCUAAGUAUGAUUCUUUCCACU